AUGGCGUACAACCCUUCGCGCGCGCGCCUCUCGCCGCCAGCUCCCGCGGCCCCUCGCCCCAGGAAGCGCGGACGCUCUCCCUCUGCUCCCGGCGCGGCGGUGUGGCGCGCGUCCGCAUACGUCGCUCCUUUCGACCACCGCCGCCGCUGGCAGGACCCCGCAGGCGCGUCUGGCCGCGUCUGGCAGGGGUACCACGCGCCACAUGCUCCGGUGCCCUACCGGCGGUGGGUCUUCGCGGACGAGGCAUCGACCUCAGGCUCAGAUGCAUGCACAAUCAUGUCAUACAACAUUUUGGCGGAUAACAAUGCACGGAACCAUCCUGACCUUUACUUGGACGUCCCUUGGGAUGCUUUGAGGUGGGAUUCGAGGAGAAGGCUUAUUAUCCAUGAAAUUAGGCACUGGGACUCUGAUUUAGAGGUGGAUAGAUUCCAGGAAAUUGCUGCAGAAAUGAAGAACAGAGGCUAUGAAUGUAGCUUUAAGGGGCGUACUGGGGAUGCUAAAGAUGGAUGUGCUACCUUUUGGAAGUCAGAACGGUUACGUCUGCUUGAGGAAGAUAGUAUUGACUUUAGUGAAUUCAAUCUACGAAAUAAUGUUGCUCAAGUAUUAGUUUUUGAGCUUAACGGAACCCAAAAAUUUGUACUCGGGAAUAUUCAUGUUUUGUUUAACCCAAAGCGUGGAGAUGUAAAAAUGGGACAGAUCCGCAUGCUACUGGAGAGGGCAAAUGCUCUUGCUGGAAAAUGGGAUGGAAUUCCUAUUGUACUUGCUGGUGAUUUUAACAGCACACCUGAAAGUGCCAUCUACAAGUUCUUGUCGACAAUGAAGCUGAACGUUUCUUUGCAUGAUAGAAGGCAGUUGUCUGGACUGGAUAGCUCUGAAUUUGGUUUGUAUUGUAGUUUACUGAACUAUGGAUGGAGUGACGAAGAAGUGAGAAAUGCGACAGGGUCCUCAAAUGUCAUGGUCGCUAGCCAUCCGUUGAAGCUCUCUAGCUCUUAUGCCAUGUUAAAGGGAAAUUCGAGCAAUAGGGGUUAUCAUGGUGAACCUCUAGCAACGUCAUAUCACAAGAAGUUUCUUGGGACUGUUGAUUAUUUGUGGAGAUGGGCAGUGAUCAUCUGCCCAUUGUUGCUGAAUUCAUCUUCUCGGAACAGAUCAGAGAUGCAUCCGAGCAAGAAGAUGAAUCCGACCAAGACGAAUCUGCACGAGAAGCAAGCACAUCAAAACACAUAUAUUUCUCAGACAGUGACAGUUAGGCUGAUACAAGCUGCUGAUACGGAUCAGAAUCAGGUGUGUGGAGAUGAUGUCUCCAAUGCCAUGGUUAUGGCCAAACGCUCGAGUGUUCUCCGCAAGGGGCCGCAACUGCAUGUUUUCAAGUUGGGUCACAACUACAUGUUUUUAAGGUGGAGUCGCAACUGUAUGUUUCAAGAGGGGCCGCAACUGCAUGUCUGCAAGAUGCAGAAGCUGAGUGGUACUAGCAAAAUGCAAAUCGACCUUGCAUUGUCCCCAACCGUGAAAUUCCCAGUCCCCACUCAUCAGGCACCAACCAAAGGAAUGCCUGCCGAGCUUGCAGAUGCGCCCAGGCCGUCCCUGCUCCGCGUGAAGGCCGCCUCCGACGACACGUCGGCGAGCGGCGACGAGAUCAUCGAGGACCUCAAGGGGAAGUGGGAGGCGAUUGAGGACAAGCCCACCUUCCUCCUCUACAGCGGCGGCGCCGUCGUGGCUCUCUGGCUCACCACCGUCGUCGUCGGCGCCAUCAACUCCGUGCCGUUGCUCCCCAAGCUCCUGGAGCUGGUUGGGCUCGGCUACACCGGGUGGUUCGUCUACCGCUACCUCCUCUUCAAGGAAAGCAGGAAAGAGUUGGCCACCGACAUCGAGAGCUUGAAGAAGAAGAUCGCCGGAACAGAAUAA